AUGGUCUGUAAAAUAUUUAUGUACUAUAACCAUUUGUUCAGUAAAAGUCAUGUUUUAGUAUUUUAUAACCUAAGACGAUAAUUUUGUUUCAGACAUCAACGAGUGCCAGACAACACCCGGUGUGUGCGCCGCAAAUUUGGAAUGUCGAGAUCUCUAUGGAAAUUAUUCUUGUUUCUGUCCAUUUGGUCAGUGGCUUGUCAAUGAUAACUGUGCAGGUAUGCAUUAUGGUUACAACAGUGCGGUGUGUUUCAGCAGUAAACUUUUGUUUGGUUGAACUAUAGACCUGCAAUAUAUGUUUUGUCCUCGUGGUUUAAUAUUAGACCUGGUAUUUUUAGAAAGGUUUCCAGUUUAUCAUGGCUGAUAGUUUUUACUUUUUUCAAUUGAAGAAUUAGUGUUUUUCUGUUUUUCUGAGUGUAUAUCCACACUGGGCAUGCAGGCUGAAAAGUUAGCCUGCCACGGUGGGAAUCGAACCCGCGACCUUUGGGAUACUAGUCCAAUGCUCUGCCAACUGAGCUACGAGGCCAAGUUCUUUCGAGUGUGUGGUAUUUCUGAACUACGUCUAGUACCUUCGAUACCAAUAUCAUAAAGAAUUACUGUAAUUUUGAUCCAUUUAUUCGCUGACAAAGUUAAGUUGGCCUUAGUGAAUACAAAUAUCAAUAUUCAGAAACCAGAAACCGUUACUGCAAUUUUUUAUUCUCUACGACUCUCUUCUUACUAAUCGUUCACAAUGAAAAAUUCAGUUCACAAGUGUGCGGAACAAAACAUUAGAUAAAAAUUAACAGUUGUUCUCAACUGCAUGUCUUUGUAAGCCGUAUUUCUUCUUGUAACACUCUUAUAGUUUAUAUUUGUUGUGACAAUGACGGUUUACCUUGCCAGUUGCAGAAAAGCUUGAACCUACUUCAUCUUUGGGCAGUGAUGCUGCCAGUGGGAGCGCCCUUUUCUCACUGUUUUUCGGAGUAUAGUUUUUUUAUUCAUUGAAACGCAAUGGAAAUUGGGGAGGCGUAAAAAAUUGUCAGAGUGUUGCGUAUCUUCCACGCAUCUACUCAGAUAAAUUACUUAAAUUUGUUCUAAUAUAAAUUUUUAUGUUACUAUGUCUCCCGCUGAAUUCAAUUGUCAUGUGAUCGGAAAGUAAUGUUUAACAGUCCUCAUGAAACGUUAGUUAUGCAAGCGCUUCCACAAUGCAGGAAAUGCCCCACGUACAGGAAAUACAGACACCCAAAAUUCAAAAUUUUAAUUUCGUUUAUUGAAGUAUGCCCCCCCCCCCCCAAUAGAAUCUAACACGACCACUCUUCCACUCUUGUCUUGCUAUAUUUUGGAACAUCAACCAAUCACGAAAUACAGACAGCCUAUCAUCCGGAGAAGUUAUUUCUUAAUUAAGUCUAAAUGGAAAAAAUAGAAAUGUAUUACCCAUGGCCAACCAAGUUCCACUUCUCUGAGAUUUCGUUGCAACCUACCAAAUUAUUUUUCAACCCGACCUUAAACUUGCGAUAAACUAUUUUUUCCUUAGAUGCGUAUGUUUACGAACUGGAGUUUGUUGUACUGGAAGGCCUGGAUUAUAACGAUGAUCUAUCUGAUGACAGUAAAAAAUACUACUCCGACUCAUUAAUGGGCAUUGAGAACGCGGUAACCUUUUAA